AUGAGCCCUACACUAGUUAUCAAGCGGCCUCCCGCUACUACAACCACUUCCCCAAAGGCUGUUAAAAACAACAAGCCAGCUGCAGUGGUCGCCGCGACGUCCUAUGGCUGUGACCAUAUCAAGAGCCUUCUACAAAGCGGACAAGGAACAAAAGCUUACUACUCGGGCGCUACCCGCGUCGCUUUCGACUCCGUCAGAACUACGGCGCAGACAUGUGUAAAGUGCGAGUGCAAGUUUUUGGUCACGAGGACCUUCUUGUGUAUGCAAUGCCCGAACACUCACUGUCCGCAGGACGCGAAGGAGCACUCGAAGGAUAUGGGGCACGUAUUUGGUAUUGAUUCGAGAAGCGGCCAUGUUUACUGCUUCCUCUGCGAGGACUUUAUUUAUGACCCGACUCUAGAGGAAAUCCGAAUAGAACGAGAGGCAUCCGUUGAAGGACAUUCGCGCAAACGCCGCCGAAUAGACGAUCACAAGCCCACCCCCGAAGACGUCAAAUACAUAGAAUCCAAUACAAAUGCCGCGCCCUGUCGCGCAACUGGCCUCCGCGGCUUUCUCAACAUGGGGUCCACUUGCUUCAUGAGCGUCGUCCUCCAAUCCCUUAUCCACAACCCUCUCGUACGCAACUUUUAUCUCUCGGACGGACAUAAAAAGGAGUGCACGCAGAUAAACUGCAUGUCCUGCGCUAUGGACGAAGUGUUUUCAGAGUUUUUUGCUACGGAUAAAGUAGAUGGAUUUGGCCCUGUGAACCUCCUCACGACAUCGUGGAAAUGUGAGCAAACUCUCGCUGGCUACCAGCAGCAGGAUGCACACGAGUAUUUGCAAUUUCUUCUGAACCAGCUCCACGUGACGAAUGGGGGGAAUAGCGACACCAAGGAGGACCCAUGCAAGUGUAUCAUCCAUAAGAGUUUCUAUGGGAAGCUUCAGAGCGAUGUUACGUGUUCCGGAUGCUCGAAUGUUACGACUGCGUAUGAUCCGGUCAUGGAUCUAUCACUGGAUCUGCGGAUCAAGUCGAAGAAGAAAGCGGUCACGGCAGAAGGAGAGCCAACGAUGCAGACACUACAGGAAUGUCUAGAGCGCUUUACGAGCAGCGAGAAACUAGGCGUUGAUGGAUAUAACUGCGAACAUUGUAAAAGCGCGCAGGAAACCGCAACGAAACAGUUGACGGUGAAGCAGCUCCCGCCAGUGCUAUGUAUACAACUCAAACGGUUCGAACACUCCUCAACCGGAUCUUCGAAAAUUGAUACAAAGAUACGUUUCCCGAUGCAGCUUGAUAUGACACCAUACACCACGCGCGCACGCCGGAAAAACCCCAAGGCGACAGCGGACGGUGCGAGUAAAGGCAAGACAAGCGGGUUGUACAUGUAUGAUUUGUUAAGCGUGGUACAGCACCAUGGACAGAUUAGCUCGGGACACUAUGUGAGCUAUUCAAGAGAGAACGGUCAGUGGUUUCAAUUCAACGACAGUGUCGUCACAUUAGCGACAGAGAAAGAAGUGUUGGGCGUGCAGGCGUAUCUGCUAUUUUAUAUUGUCCGGAACCUUAGUUGA